UGAGUGGUAGGUUCAAUGUGACGGUGCAGGCGGAGCGUCCGUGGCCAGAUGCGGAGAGAUGGCUUCUGCUGGUGGUGCUUGGGUUGGAGAUGGUGAUGGGGGUGCUGGGAAACAGUCUAGUCCUGCUGGUCAAAGUUCUGUGCCAGGGUCAGUUCUGCUGUCGGUACUGGCUGCCUCUCAUCAGCCUCACUCUGUCUGAUUUUGGCUGCUCUGUCCUCAUCAUCUCUGGGUCCUUCCUCGCCAUGCUGACAGGAGGUCAAAGUUCACCGUGGUGUGAGGUUGUCAGCCUUUUAAAGUUUGCCUUCAUCUCUUCCUCUAUAGGAAGCAUAGCCAUCUUGUGUGUACAGCGGAUGAUUGGCCCUGCCUCCACAAGAAGUGCUCUGUUUAGUGUCAUGGUGACAGCAUGUUUGGCUACCUGGGUGACAGGUGUGGUGUUUGGGAGCAUACCUGUGGUCUACACCUGGAUCAAGUACGACCCAGCAGAGAUGCUGUGUGCAGUGUUUUGGGAAAACAGCUACUCUGAUAUGUUGGUCUACAUCCUGUGUGCAUUCUCCGUCUGUAUCUUCAUCCCCUUCACCCUCAUCUUCAUCUGCUCUCUGCUGAGCCUCUGCAGCUGUGGAUACACCCGCUGCAGGGAUGAAGAGUCAGAUCUGUCUGAUGUCACUCCUCUGCUGGUGGCAUCAUACGUGCUCUGUUACACCCCAUUUGUGGUCUCUGAGCUGAUCCUGCUGGGUCGGAUGGAUCUGUCGCCAGCGCCUGAUUGGCUGAGGACAUUGUCAUCAGUGAUGUCAUACCUGGACUGCAGUCUGAACCCGUUAAUCUACUGCUCCAAUCAGGACUUCAGGGAGGCGGGCCUUGCUCGGCUGUGGACCAAUAGGAAGCCACCAUCAGAGCCAGUUCUGACAGCCAUCAACAAACAUGACCUGUGACAGAUAACAUGUUCUAAUUAAAGUACGCACGUUACAUUACGUAUGUUGUAAAUAACAUAUA